UUUUUUUGUGAGUUUUGUUCUGGGUUUUCUAUGUUUUUUUGUUGUGUUUGUUUGUGUUUUAGAAAGUUUUAAUUCUUCACUUUGCUUGUUCACUUUUGUUUUUUUAAUUAAAACUUUUAGAUAUUCAAUGAAUUCAAGUUUCAACGGCAACAUAAAACUUAAUGAUUCAAGUCAAAAUAUAAGGUAUAGACCUGAAUCGUCGCCGCCUGAGGAAUUGAUGGAUUGUUUGUUGCCUGAUGCUUCUACUUCUACUAGUCAAAAUGUAGAUACUCGUGGACCUAAAGUUUAUCCUAUAGAUCAAGAUGUACCGAAGACUUUCUUUCAAACUCCAAAACCCGUUGUUAGACCUACACUUCCUGACCAAAUUUGUGUGAACAGUGAAAUGACAAAGUUCCAUAAACCAUCUCUGCCGGUGAUUAAAAAACAGCUUGAACAACUUCGAAAUAAACUUAGCGAGAUUCCAAACGUUGAAUGGAGACGUCAUAUUGACCAUUUAAUAACAUUAACUAUACAACAACAAUCAGAUAUAGAUUUACUUCGUACUUGUUCUUUAGGAUAUGAACAAUGGGCUAGUGGGCAAUUAAAGAAGUUUGGCAGUUUAUUGUGUGAACAUGCAAAUUUGACUUUUCAAAAGAAGAAAUUGGAAGAACACGAAAAACUUGUAGUAAAGGAGAAGAAUGUUAUAGAAAGUAAAGUUGACAUUUUGGAGAAGGAAAGGAAAAGAUUGGAAGGUGAAGUUAAAGACUUGAGGCCUUACAAGGAAAAAUAUAAGGAUUCGCUUAAAGAAAUGGAAAGGUUAAAAUCUUCUAAUGAGACAUUUAAAAAAACAGUCAAAUUAAAUGAAGAAAAAUUAUCCAAAACAAAUGAAUUGACAAAAAAUCAAUCUUUAAUUGAAGCUGAAAGAAAUAAUUUAAAAAAACAAUUAGAGGAUUUACAAAAUAAAGAAAAUGGGAAAAUUAAAGAAUUGGAAGAAAAAUAUAGUUUGGCACAAAAAAGAAUAAAAGUUUUGUUGACUGAAUUUAAAUGUGAAGAUGAAAAGAAGGAUAAUUCUGAUGAAAGUGCUCUUAAACAAAAAAUUAGUGAAUUGGAAGAAAAACUCGCUAAAGAAAAGAAAUUGAGGACUAUGGAAGUUAAAACGAAUUCUUCAAGUGAGAAUAAUGACCCACAUGAUGGUUUGUCCCGCACGACGAAGCGAGAACUUUCCUUGCGUGAUGCUGAGAUAAACCGACUUAAAGUUGAAUGUGCAGAGAAGGCAGAAGAAAUAAUUGAGUUAAAAUCGCAAAUUGAUGAAGCAAAACAUACCAAGAUGGAGUUGCGUGAGAAACUUAGACGCAAAAAAGAAGAGGCACAAACAGCAAGAAACGAACUCAAAGUUGAACAAGAAAAACGGGAAAGCCUUGAACAACGACUGAAUGAUAUGGAGGAAAAACUCAAACUUAAGAGCAAAUCCAUGCGUGAAGAUCAAAAUAUCGAACAAAAAAAGACUGAAACUGUUUUCCCUUCAAACAAAUUAAUAAAAUCUAGGAUUAAUGAAAUAACAACCAAGAAGAAUCUGAUGGAGAAGGCUAUACACCUUUUUGCUGAUAAGCAAUGUGGUAAAUGUGUGACUUUACAAGAAGAACUUGGUGUUCUACAACAAAAAUUAAAUGUUUCAGUUCAACAGGAGAGUCACGAUGCAUUAAACAAUUUGUCAAAGAGCGAUAAGGAUGGUUGUAAGGCAAAAGUUCACGCGGAAAAGCCUUCAGCAAAAGAGAUGCCAGUCAGUAUCCCCGCUAACACUAUUGAAAAGGGGCAAACUUCCAAGAGAAAAGCUUCAGAGAGUGACUUAGAACCAAACAAAAAGCGACAAAAAAAGAAAAAAUCCGAUUUGCAAAAAGAUACUCAACAGCAAAAGGUUAAUCAAUCGCUGUCUACAAACACAUCAGAUUCCCAAAACGAUGUUAAUCCGACGCCAUUAGUUAGCAAACAACAGUCUUCUGAAAAACAAAAAAGCAUCCAAAAUGAAACAACCCCGACUGUCGUUCAGAAGAUCACUGAGCCGCAAAAAGAAGCCCAGCAGAGUUUUAAAUUGUCAAAGACUUCUGAGCAGCAAAAAACAAAGGAGCCACCUAAAAUCGUUCAGAAAACUUCUGAGCCGCAAAAGAUCAGUCAAAAGGAUCCUCCUCCACCACCUAAGAACGUUCAAAAAACAGUUGAUUCAAAGAAGGAUGUCCAACAGACUUCAAAACCUAUUCAACAAACAGCACCAGUUGCUAAAGUUAUUCAACAACAACCCUCAACAUCUCAAAAAUCAUUGCCGCAAAAGCCUGUGGAACAACAACAAUCGCCAGUUAUUAAACAAGUUGAUGCUAGCAGUAUUGCUUCUCGUAUUGUGACUUCAUUUAUGAUGUUUAUUGGCGAACCUUGUAACGUGAAUAAUGAUGCUCGUGUUCUUAUUCCUGACUUUCUCAAGCGUUAUGGACUUCCUCCUAAUCAUUUAAUUGGGACACAACUUGCAGUAAUUGCUGAAGAGGCACAGAAAGCAAAAGAGGAAAGUAUGGUUAAAUAG